AUGGCGAAUGCAUCAUCAGGGAUAGUGCCAAGUGGCUGCAAACUGAUUGGAUCCGGUUCAGCAGUCCCUAGUCUACUCAUUUCUAACGAUGAUCUCGCCAAGAUAGUAGAUACUAAUGAUGAAUGGAUUGCUACUCGUACUGGUAUUCGCAACCGUCGAGUUGUAUCAGGGAAAGAUAGUUUGGUUGGGUUAGCAGUAGAAGCAGCAACCAAAGCCCUUGAAAUGGCAGAGGUUGCUCCUCAAGAUGUUGACUUAGUCUUGAUGUGUACUUCCACUCCUGAUGAUCUCUUCGGUGCUGCUCCACAGAUUCAGAAGGCACUUGGUUGCACUAAGAACUCCUUGGCGUAUGACAUCACAGCUGCUUGUAGUGGAUUUGUUUUGGGUCUUGUCUCAGCUGCUUGUCAUAUAAGAGGAGGUGGUUUUAAGAAUGUUUUAGUGAUUGGAGCUGAUUCUUUAUCUCGGUUUGUUGAUUGGACCGAUAGAGGAUCUUGCAUCCUCUUUGGGGACGCCGCUGGUGCUUUGGUUGUUCAGGCUUGUGAUAUUGAGGAUGAUGGGUUAUUUAGUUUCGAUGUACACAGCGAUGGAGAUGGUCGUAGACAUUUGAAUGCUUCUAUUAAAGACUCCCAAACCAAUGGUGAGUUGAGCUCCCACGGAUCUGUGUUGGGAGACUUUCCACCGAAACAAGCUUCAUAUUCUUGCAUUCAGAUGAAUGGAAAAGAAGUAUUUCGCUUUGCUGUCAAAAGCGUUCCCCAAUCUAUUGAGUCUGCUUUACAAAAAGCUGGUCUUCCUGCUUCUUCCAUUGAUUGGCUCCUCCUUCACCAGGCAAACCAGAGAAUAAUAGACUCUGUGGCUACAAGGCUUCAGUUUCCACCGGAACGAGUCAUAUCAAACUUGGCUAAUUACGGCAACACGAGCGCUGCUUCGAUUCCUCUAGCCCUUGAUGAGGCGGUAAGAAGCGGAAAAGUUAAACCGGGACAUACCAUUGCUGCGUCCGGUUUUGGAGCCGGUUUAACUUGGGGUUCAGCAAUUAUUAGGUGGAGAUGAAUGGCUAAGUUCCACAUGCAAGUUUACUCCAGAGCCAAAGUUUUUUUUUUUUAUGUUCUCUCUUCACUAAGUAGAGGAAGCACUGGAAAUUGGUUUAACCGGUCUGGUUUAGUCCGACAAACUAGAAGGUAAACCGCAUUUUGUCUGAUUUCGUUUUUCACUUUUGUCUUGAGGUUUCAUUGUUUCUUUGUUACUCUGCUAAUCAUUUAAAAGAAAAUAGCACUUUUCAUCAUUCUUGUUUGUAAUUUUCUUAAUAUUUUAAUGUUUUUUAAUUCUUUUUAGUUUGCUUGUGAUAAAGUUUUGAGUUGUUCAAACCAUAUUCGAUCAGAUUCCGAUCAGAUUUAAUUUCAAUUAUGCGAAGUAAUUUCGGAAAAGUAACAAGAUUAGGAUGUUAGUAUUAUUACUACCGAAGACAUUACAUUUACACAUACUUUCCACUUACCUAUUUACAUUCACACAUACUUUCAGCAUGUCUUCUUUAUGCUUGUAAAUUCCCCAAACAACCCUUAUAACCUAAAUUUCCAGAGAGGUUUUAAACCGCAAGACACAGAUAUUAUCCUUGCCCUCACAGUUGCCCUCCUUGAGAGAUCAAAGCACCAUUCUUCUUCUUCUUCACACGUUUAACAUCCACUGCUCUGUGAUAAUCCCCACGGCAUUGUACCGUUCUUGGAGGUUGAUGUGUUCCUCGAAAGCUCAAGUCCUAACCUAGCCAAGUUCUCAGCAUCUUCGAGGCUGUUCUCGACUCACAUGCCACUGCACGCGAUGCAGGAAAACCUCAAGCACUCUCUUUGCAAGAUUGUGUACGUAUGUAGGAACGUGAAGGACACGUUGAUCUCGUAGUGGUCUUUCACGUGCGCUGCUCGUAAAAUAUAACCAACCACAUUCUCGAGUCGAUGUUCGAAGCAUUCUGCAACGGAGCUAUAUUUUAUGGACCCUUUUGGGACAAUCUCUUGGGCUACCGAAGAAGAAGCUUGGAAGAUCCCACACAUGUCCUUUUCAUGAGGUAUGAGGAAAUGAAAGCCGAGCCUCGUGAUCAGAUCAAUAGACUUGCGGAGUUCUUGGGCUAUCCUUUUACUAAGCAAGAAGAAGAUAAUGGAUUUGUGGACGAGGUCUUGGACCUUAGCUCUCUGCCUAAUCUGAACGGUUUAGAGGUUAACAAAACGGGAAAAUAAACAACAUGGAUCACAAGUUUUUUUUUCCGUAAAGGGGAAGUCAGUGGCUCUAAGAAUUAUCUUACGCCCGAAAUGGAAAAGAAAGAAAUGAUCAUCCAGGAAAAACUGCAAGGUUCUGGUUUGAAAUUCUAGAGUUCUAUGGUUUGUAUAUUUUCUUUGAUGCAGCACGAUAAGAACUAAGAUAAGACAUGUUGCUUAGGUUGAGUUUAUUUGUAUAUAUUAUCGAUUUUUUUUUUAUGUAUUCGAUCAUUUUAUUUAUACAUAAAUGUUUUUUGUUGUUAUUAUAUAAUUUAUAUCCGAUGGACCGGAUCAAUUUUUAUUAAAAGUUGUGGAACUAAACUAUAAUUAAUAUAUCAUGAGUUGAUCGGAUUGGACAUUAAACAAAUUAUGACAGAAAAACUUUACUUUUUUUACCAACAUUCUUGAAAAAUUGAACAGUAUUGUUUCCACAGUUGAAUUAUUUUGACAUUUAUCUUCUAUAUGGUUUUUAAAGGUUUCAGAUCAACCAUCGAAUUGAUACAUAAUGUUUUUAGUCCUAUACUUAAAGAAAACUUACAUUUUUUGUAAUUUAAAGUCGUUUAAAAAAAAUCAAAAUAUAACAUAUAAGAAAAAAUCUAACAUAUAAGAAAAAUAUAACAUAUAACAUAUAA